AUGGCAGGCCCAGAUCCAGAAAGCUUCAGCAGAGCCCUGACGAGGUUCAAGGCAACCAUCGAUCCAUCACUACAACAAGAAUUUUCAGCCUGUACCUUGAGGGAUGUUCAUCGAACCAUCCAAGAUAUCCAGGAUAAAGAUGCCAGAGAAGGCCCUCUUCGAGCAAUGGGUAGGCUCCAAGCCUUCGUUGAGGCGAUGGAGCAACUCGGGAGUGUCAUUGAAGUCUUCUUGAAUGCAAGCGAGCUUGUUUGCUUCAUCUGGAAAAUUGGAUGCUUACUUUGCGUUUAUAUCACAAAAUCAUUCUUCUCCAUUUUCGAUAAGCUGCUCGACGCAUACUCUCGGAUUGGAGACGCCAUUCCAGGCCUACUCCACUACAAAGAUACGUUUGAGAGGCAUCCGCCGCUAGCCAAGGUACUUGAGGACUACUACUCAGAUGUGUUGAAUUUCCACAGCGAGGCCAUCGCAGUUUUCAGACGACCAAGAUGGAAAACCUUGUUCACUGUUACGUGGAAGACGUUCGAGACCAAAUUCGGUCCUAUCAUGCAAAGCCUGGCAAGGAAGAGGGAAAUGCUUGAAUCGGAAAAAGGAUCAGCAACACUCCAUGCAAUUCAGAAUCUUCGUGAAGACAUCGCCAACGUUCAACGAGAGCAGAAUGCCCAAGCAACCAUGAAUGACCGCGAAAACCGUCGACGUCGAAUGCGCGAGAUUCAAGAGAAACUGCAAAGUCCCAACUACCAACUCGAUCAAGAAAUGUCAGCAGAGCGCAGAAAUGGUAGCACGUCAGGCCUAUGGAUUUUUGACGACCCUACCUUUCAGGCAUGGUUACAUGGCGGAUCCUCUAGCUCCAAGAUCUUGUACAUCAAUGGCAUGCCCGGCGCUGGAAAGACCAUCCUCAUGUCUACUGUGAUUGAAAGACUUCUUCACGAAAGGGUUGCUCCCAAUGGGCAGAGCUUUGUCGGCUAUUUCUACUUCAAGCAUCGACAAAAUGAGACGCACAACGCCAUGCUACGAGCGGUUCUGGAGCAGCUUCUAAGCCAGAACCCAGCCCUUUCUGACCACCUUUUCGACGAGGUGUCGUUACUUGAGGGCGUCAACCUAAGAACCACUGCUCAACUUGAAAAGCUCGUCGAGACGGCCAUCGAGAGCUACACCAAUUUAUACCUUGUUCUCGAUGGAUUGGAUGAGUGCGCCAACGAAGAGAUCAAGAAUAUUCUCAAUUGGUCUCUCUCGCUGAUCGAUGACAAGUUGAGAAAUUCGGGAUCUGAUCUACGAAUUAUUCUCUCUGGUCAGCGCGAUGGUGUGUUGGAUGCAAAGCUGGUUCAGCAGCCGUCGAUUUCCUUGGAAACAUCUGCACACAAUGAGGACAUACGAAGGUAUUGCGAAUUACGCUGCAAGGAAAUCGCAGCGACGUUCUUCAAGUCUUCUCCGGAUGGAGAAGAGGCUCAGAACAUCAAAGAGCGAAUAUUCUCACUUGUGACAAACGAAGCGAAGGUGGUAUUGGAAAACCUACUUGGCCAGACUCGGCUUUCGGGCCUGAAGCGUGAAAUUCAGGCAGAUACCUUUCCCCGAGGGAUAGAAAAGGCCUACCAGAGAGUUUUCGCCCGUGUCAUUGACCAAGCGCCAAAAGCGAAACGUGAAGACGCAAUCAAGCUGCUUGGGUUGGUAAUCCAUGCGAGAAGGAUCUUGCAUUGGAGAGAAAUACAGGCCUUCUUUUGCAUUGACUCGACUAGUGGGAACGUGGACUACGAUGAUCGCCUCCUACGCACUGGCAAGGAUGUAUGUGGCGCGUUGGUGGAUGUUCACCGUUGCUCUCGAGACUCUACAGGCUCUGAGGACCUGGUUCGUAUUGUGCACGAGUCAGCUCGGAUGUAUCUGCUGGAGGAGCACGCGACUCUGUUCUUCCCGGAAGCCGUCAAUGUCUCAACCUUUUGUCUCCGAUAUCUUACAUCCGAUCCCUUCAAGAUUGGUAUCGAUUCAAAGGAUAUAUCAUCCUGGGCGAUCAAAGGGUACUAUGCUCUGCAAGAUUACUCUGUACAAUUCUGGUAUGAUCACAGCCAGAUGUGUCUGCAAGCGUACGACACAUUAGAUCCAACUCAACGAGACCAAGUGACAGCUGCACUGGCUCGCUUCCUUGAGUCUUACGCUCAGCUAAGCGAAAUGGACUGGCGUCAUGGAGAAAACACUGUCGCGAAGCUGAUGGAAGCUUUCAAGGGCCUUCCAGAACACGCACGCGACAGGAAUGAGUGUUUCAACAUUGAAUAUCGUACGACUAUGAUUCGCCAACAGAUUGAGCAUCUUCAACAGGACGCCUCCUCCACAGAAGCAAGGGAGUCAUUCGAGUUCCUCCACGGCCCCCUCACGACAUUAAAAUGCUCUAAGCCUUGGUGUGACUUGUUCAAAGGUGGUUUGGAAAACCUCAAGGAAUGCCAGAGACACAUCAAUCGCCACGAGCUGCCAUUUAUCUGCAAUGAAGAUGGAUGCCACACCUCUGGCAUUGGUUUCGAUUCCCAAACGAGCUUAGAUAUCCAUCGAAAGCAGUGGCAUUCGAACAACAGCAAAUCCAUUCAGUUUCCAAAAAGGCGGCAGAAAUCUUACCGAAACAUACGCGAUGCCGCGAAAUCCGGGGACAUCGAAGCUGUCACAGCUUUCUUAAAUGCAGGAGAGCCCGCCAAUUCCGUCCCAGGUGGGAACUAUUUAUUUACACCUUUGUAUCUUGCAGCACGGCACGGCCAUGUUCAAGUCUGCAAACUGCUGCUUGACAGGGGUGCGGAUGUCAAUUAUGAGCUGAGACGAGAAACAGGGACCGCACUACAUGCGAGCGUCAGGAAAAGUCAGUUGGAAACGACAAGACUACUCCUCGCCCAGAAUGACAUUCAGCUCAACGGAAUCGACCUUGAACUUAGCACGGCAUUUGACCUUGCUUGUCGGCAAAGUGACGACAGGAUCUGCAGGCUAUUUCUGGAAUCUGGAAAGCUUCAUGAUCGUCUUUUGAAUCGCGAUCAUACAAACGUUCUGCGAAUGGCUUGCUCCAAAGGUGAUGUGUCCUCAGUCAAGUACUUUCUGGAACACGGAUUCAACAAGAUUGCGGACCGAUCCCUUAUUGAGAGCAUGAUCCAUGCCCAAACUCCUCCUUCCGAUGCUAGCAUGGCUCGUAUCAUCGAAUUGCUCUUAGCCACGGGGAACAUUGAACUUGAAAGCAGGGACAUUCUGAAUGCCCUGAAAAUGAACUUGGCCUCAGUUGCAAGAUCAAUGCUCUACUCCUCAAAGCCGGGAUUUACGAGAGUUGAAUUAGAAGAAUGCCGACGACAGGCAACAGAAAGAGGGUACACAGAUAUUUUGCCCAUGGUAAGUGGCUGA